AUGGUGCAGUCUCUCAAUGAGCUCUUCCUGGCCUACUGCAACUACGGGACCAGGACCAAGACCACCGAAUUGGAUGGCGCAAAGUUUGUGAAACUCUUCAAGGACACAGGACUGGUGGGCAACGGCCUCAUUGCUACAGACCUUGACAUCAUCUACUCCAAGGUGGUCAUCCCCUUUGACGAUGUGAAAACCAAGGGUGCACGCAAGAUCCAGUUCGCCGAGUUUGAGAAGGCUCUGGACCUGGUGGCAACCAAAAAGGCGAUAGAUAGGGACGAGCUGGAGAAGAGGCUUCUGGCGAGCGAGGGGCCUAAGACACAGGCUACAAAGGCUGAUUUUGUUAAGUUUCAUGAUGACAAGUCUACAUACACUGGAGUCUAUGCGAAGGGCGGACCCACAAAUGUUGAUGGAACCGGAGAUCUGUCGGCCCUUUGCGACCGCACACCUGCUGAUGCCCGUGGAGUGAAGACCUGA